AUGCUACAUGCGGAGCUUCGAGAUGAGGGUAGCUACAGUUGUCGAGUGAAGAAUGCGGCAGGCGAAAGUCACGUUGACUACAAAUUGGUUGUGUUAGUAUCGCCAGAGAUCAUUAUGCUGGACAAGAACAAGAACAAGACCGUAACCGAGAACGAUGUCAUUCUGUUGAGUUGUCCAGCUACUGGGAAACCGGAGCCAACGAUUGAUUGGUACAAAGAUGGUGAACUGUUAACACAGCAAAACAUCACACGACGUAUCCGUUCUGGUCGACUGGAAGGGAAUGACCUGCGAAUCGCUCGUGUAGAAGUAUCCGACGGUGGCCGAUUCACAUGUGAGGCUAAGAAUAAAGCUGGUAUGGCCGAACAGGAUUUCACUGAACUCUCAGCUCCGCCGAGAAUCGAACGCGAAGGAGUACCAUCAGAAAUUGGUGGUAAAUCAAAGAGUACAGUGACGAUCAGCUGUCCUGCUUAUGGUCGUCCAAUGCCAACUGUAACAUGGCUGAAAGCAGGUCGCCCAUUGGACUACUCCCAAGAUGUUUAUCUAUCGGCGAACGGCAUGAAGCUGCAUUUCUUAGAUCUAAAAAAGGUAAGUUGA